AUGUUGAUGCCAAUGCCAACACCAACGUCGAUGCCAACACCAACGUCAAUGCUAACACCAACGUUAAUGCCAACACCAACGUUAAUGCCAACACCAAUGUCAAUGCCAACACCAACGUCAAUGCCAACACCAACAUUAAUGCCAACACCAAUGUCAAUACCAACACCAACGUCAAUGCCAACACCAAUGUUAAUGCUAACACCAAUGUCAAUGCUAACACCAACGUUAAUGCUAAUACCAAUGUCAAUGCCAACACCAAUGUUAAUGCUAACACCAAUGUCAAUGCUAACACCAACGUUAAUGCUAACACCAAUGUCAAUGCCAACACCAAUGUCAAUGCCAACACCAACGUCGAUGCCAACACCAAUGUCGAUGCCAACACCAAUGUUGAUGCCAACACCAACGUCAAUGCCAACACCAUUUUUGAUGUUGAU